AUGGCAGGAAAAAGGAAGACCAAGAAGACAAAGAAGACGAAGAUCAAGAAGCAGAAGAUCGUAGAUGAAUUUCAAUUACGCAGGGAUCUGAGGGAUCUGACAAAAAUGACGGAGUCCACGGACCUAGUGCAAGAAACUGCGAUACUCGCGCAGGACGAACCAAAGUAUUCCGAAAAUAUUAGAAUCGGUGGCAUAGAAGGAGGUGGUACACAUUCUACGCUUGUAAUACUCGACGGAAAAGGUGCGAAACUAACGGAAAUUAAAGGACCAAACACUAAUCAUUGGCAACUUGGGAUAGAUGAAACAGUUGCUAGACUCAGCGCGAUGAUAGAAAAGGGAAAACAAGCAUUAGAUAUACCAGAAUCCGUUCCUUUAGAUUGCGUAGGGCUCAGUUUAAGUGGUUGCGAAGAGGAAACCACUAAUCGUCAGCUCGUAGAAACUUUGCUGCAAAAAUAUCCAAACUCUGCUAAAGAUUACGUUGUCAAUUCGGAUACUCUUGGUAGUCUUCGAACUGGUUUAGAAUCUGGUGGAAUUGUGUUAAUCGCCGGAACAGGUAGCAAUGCUUUGCUCAUUAAUCCUGACGGGAAGAGUCAUGGAUGCGGAGGAUGGGGACACAUGAUGGGCGAUGAGGGAAGUGCUUACGGGAUCGCUCAUCGCGCCUGCAAAUAUGUAUUUGAUGAUAUUGAUGACUUAGCGAAAGCACCAGAACCCAUAAGCUACGUAUGGCCGGCGAUGAGAAGUUAUUUCAACGUGACCGACAGAAAUGGCAUAUUGCCGUAUCUCUACGCGAAUUUUGCCAAGAAUGUCAUCGCCAAUUUCGCCAAAGAAGUCGCGGUCGGUUGCGAGAGAGAUGAUCCUCUCUGCCUGAAGAUCUUUGAAGAAGCUGGUCAUCUUCUGGCGAAGCACAUUAUUGCUCUCUCGAAAAAGGCACAUAACGACCUUAAGUUAGCUCAUGGUGGAUUAAAAGUGAUCUGCGUCGGAUCUGUGUGGAAGUCGUGGAAAUUCAUGAAGAGUGGUUUUGUGAAUGAGAUUCAUAACAAGCGCGUCAUAGAAGAAUUGAGUCUAUUGCGUUUGACGACAACGUCGGCAUUGGGCGCCUGUUAUUUAGCCGCAGAAAAAAUCAAUUGUCCAUUCGUUAAACCGUACGACAGCAACGUUGAAAUCUUCUUUCAUUAUAAGCGCGACAAUUAUCUGGAAAAACAAAUGACGGAGUCAAAAAAUCAUACGCUAGCUUCCGAUGUCCCUGUUUGCGAAAACGGAGGAAGUACAUGAUAAAACAUAAAUAAAUAUUUUAUAUAAUACUAAA